CUUUCUAAUAUCAAGAAGAAGAAGAAGAUUAAAAAGGAGGGUUAAUUAACGUUGACACGUAGAGGAAUUAUUCUCUUAUUGGAAACUAAAAGUUUCAUAUUUUUAGUCAGUCAAUGAAAAUCAUUAUCAUAUUGCUUUCCGUCUCAAUGAAAUUUUGUAUGUAAAUACUAAAUUCUUAGAAAAUUGUAAUGGCCAGUCCAAGAACACGUCGUGUUUUACAAGAAUUAAAGCCCAAUAAUGAGAAUAACAAAUGUUUUGAAUGUGGCACCCUCAAUCCCCAAUGGGUAUCUGUCACAUACGGAAUAUGGAUUUGUUUAGAAUGUUCAGGUAAACAUAGAGGACUUGGAGUACAUUUAUCUUUUGUGCGCUCGGUCACAAUGGAUAAAUGGAAAGAUAUAGAACUGGAAAAGAUGAAAGUUGGAGGCAACAGAAAUGCCAGGAUAUUCUUUGAAGCACAGCCAGAUUGGGAUGAAGAUAUGACUCUUCAACAAAAGUACAAUACUAAAGCUGCAGCAUUAUAUAGAGACAAAAUUUCUACAUUAGCUCAACACCAGCCGUGGGAUGAAAAGAAAUCACCAGCUCAAAAUUACACAAGUAGCUUAAUUGGAAUUAAUUAUUCUCAACAAUCUAGCUCUAAGUCGAAUUACAGUUCUGUUAAUUCUUAUCCAUCCUCAUCUUAUGAUUAUGAAAGUAGUUAUCAAAAUAUGAAUUCUCAAGAUAUUAAAGACCACAAAGAAGCCUUUUUUUCACGAAAACAGAUGGAGAAUGCUACAAGACCAAGUGAUCUUCCACCAAGUCAAGGUGGUAAAUAUAGUGGAUUUGGUUACACAAUGGAACCUCCCCCAAGGAGCCAAUCCCAAGAAUUCGUCGAUACAGCUAUAUCUUCUUUAGCCAGUGGAUGGUCUUUUCUAUCAUCUUCAGCAACAAAAUUAGCAAGCAAAGCAUCAGAAAAUGCAGUUAAAUAUGGAGGAUUGGCAAGUCAGAAGGUAGUUGAAGUUAGUUCUCAUGUAGGGGAAAAGGUUAGAGAAGGAACUCUAUUAAAUGAAGUUGGUUGCCAAGUUUCUAGUUUAGCAAAUAAGAUGGGCGAAUUAGGUAGGAAAGGAUGGAAAGAAGUUAGCAAUUUAGGUAAUGAAAACAACAGUGGUGGUGGUUAUGGUCAAGUUGCUGGUAAUAAUUAUUCACCUAGUGAAAAAUCUUCUUUGUACAGUCAAGGAAAUGGUUACGUUAGAGAAGAAGAUUGGAGUUAUGCUAGCCAACAAGGUUCUAAGGCGUCAAGUCCCAAAUCUCCCAAUCAAAAUUGGGAUGGCGAAUGGACGGGUUAUCAGAAUGAAGAUCAUGAUAGUUAUCAGUCAGAUUUGAAAAAUUAUUCUUCUAACAGUGCUACUAUAUCACCUGUAGAAGAAAAAUGUGUCAGAAGUAGUAAAAAAGAUAAAAAAACGAAAGAAAAUGAGAUUACAAAUAAUUGGACAGAUAAAUGGGGAGAUGAUGAAUUGUGGGAAAGUUUGAAUAAAUAAAAAUUAUGGUGGGGAUAGCUUAUAACAAUUUCACUAGAGUAUGAUGAAUUAACUCCCAUGCCAGGAAUUUUCUCGAGAUAUUCUAAAAAAUUUUAUUACAAUAUAUUUAGACAGUUUUCAACAUUUUGAUUGAUUCAUCUAUAACACAUGUCAACACAAAAUGUGACUUUGACUCCAAUAUAUAAAAUUUCGAUAGUUUAGGUCGUAAUUAUGCAAAAACAAUUAUAUAACAUACAAUAGUUUGCUUUUGUAUUUAAGACACUGACUAAACGAUUAUUUUUCAAAAUUUGUGGUUUUAAUGUUUAAUUGAAGAUAAAAACAUUCAAAUAAAUAUAUUUGUAAUUUUUAUCAAGCUUUACUAUCAAAAUAGCAAAAAACUGAAAAACACUUGAAAAGUAUACACUUUCACUUUUUCAUUUAUUGGCUUUUAUAACGCUGUUCAGAGUUCAUAAUGCCUUGAUGAAAACGUUCUCCUUGUUCUUUUGAAUAUGGUUCCAUAUAAUUUUUAAGUUAUUCUAAUUUGUGGACCAACAAAAACGAUAGCUUCAACCUUUGCUUCUGAUAACUUGGAAAAAAAAAUUUUUCAAGUAUGCAGAAGUUAUACGUUUUGUUUUCAGACACAAAAUUCUUUUCUUACUGGCCAUGACCAGUAUAGUGCUUAGCAUCCGCCAAGUUAUCCCAUAAGCAUAGGUAACAAGGAUACUUUAUACAUCCACACUGUAGUCCUAUAAAAAAUCCAAUCAGCUGCUAGUCUUGUCAUAAUUUACUGAUUUAAGCAAAAUUUUAACACUUUCAUAAUUUUCUUUUAAAUGUAUUGAAUCAGCAAUUGGAAGAGAUGGGAAUUUAUUUCCGUUGUGCAAUAAAACAGCUUUAAAGCUUUUUGUACAGCUGUCAAUGAAUAAACGCCAUUCGUUAGGAAUACAAGGUAUGCCAAUUUCUUCGAACAUACCUUUUAUGUCGUUACAAAAACAAAGUCAAUCUUGUUUGAUAAAAAACGUUGAGAACGUUUAAUGCCUAGUUCGCUGAUCUGUGAUAUUUACAUCAGCAAAUAAAUCCCGCCGUUUUAAAAGCUCCACUUUAUUUUUUGUCAAAUUCAAGUCGUUAAAAUCUUCUGUAGUUAUAAAAUGUUGUUUUGGUGGUUCUGAUGUAGGUUAAAAUUCCAGAAUUACUACUGUUAGAACUAAGAGAUGAGCUACUUUUUUUAGUGCUCACCUUCUAAACAUCUUCAACAAUAACUACAAGCAAUAUGUGGAGCCCAUGAUGUCUUGAUUCCAAACAGGACAGUCAAAAUAUGCUUCGUAGGCUUCACAGAGAACGUGAGAUGUCUUUAAUUCAUAUUUUAUGUCUUGAACUUUAAUAAAUUGACCACGUAUAAAACAAAAUGUACAUUUCAUUUAUACCUUUGCGAUCACAUUUUCUAGACAUGCAUAAAACAUCUGAUCGUUGUUUAACACUCGAGAGCCAUCUGGAGGCACCCUACUCUGAUCUCGCAAUAUUUUUAAAUAUAUUAUAACUAAUUGAAAUUAAAAAAAAUAUUGAAAAUGAGUAUUAUUUCUAUAACUUUCACAAAAGCAAACUUUUUGUAUAUAAUUAACCGAAAAAUCAUAAUAUAAACUUGAAGACAUAGAACGAAUUUUUUUUGUUGGGUUGUGUAAUUAAUGUUUUAAUCAGAAUUAAGUUGGAACUUCUGGAACGGUUGUUGACAUUCAUAUUGUUUACUGUCAGUACAACAACGCUUGUUAUUAUACUGUCUGAAUCGCGUUUGAUAACCAAACAUAGAGUGAACUAAACUAAAAGAAUCAAUCAGGAUAUACUUACAUGUAGCAGUGUUUUCUCUAAUUAUAUCAAAUUCUAACAUAUUUUCAAGUACUAAUUUCUCUAAAAUUUCAUUCCACUCACGAAUUUUAUUGUUAAAAAUUUAGACUUUAAUUCUUAGAUGAAAUCAUCUACCUUUGCUCCAGUUGUAUUAUUUCUAUCAAAAAUAUUCACAUACCUAUAAAAAUUCUGAUAAAGAUAUGAAAUUUUGUUCCACGGGAGAAGGGUAGUUGGCAAGGAAAAUUUAAUAUCUAUCUAGAACAUAUAAAGUUUUAAUUUACCUUCAGUCUCUAAAGACGAUAACUUUCAAAACAUUAUGAAACAGUUUAAUUGUGAAUGGUGGUGUACUGACAGUGAACCGAGUGUUCAGUAUUAAUAAAAAUAUUAAAGUAUUGAACUACUUUGAAACAUGGUUGAGAAAAGUAUGACCUUUGGAAGCCUAUAACAACAAAAAGGACAUACAACAAAAUUGAUUGUUAAAUUCUAGGAAUAUUCUCGGAUAUCGAUUCUUGAAUGUUUUAGGCUUAAAGAAUUUGUUGUUUUUAAACAAUUAUUUCCAACUUAUUUAAUAUUUUAGUAAUUGAACAAAGUGAAAAAUAUAAAUAAUUUUGUAUCAUAUCAUGAUAAUCUUAACGGAAAGGGUAUUAGUCUAAUUCACAAGUUGAAAAUUGUGUGAGAAAGAGUUUCAAUUUUUAAAACUAUUUGAAUUAUUUAAUUUAACUCCAAUUUAGGAAUGCGGUAUCUGAUGUUAUUAUGUUCCGUAAAAUAGUAUUAAAUAAAUAUUAACUUAAAUGCUAUUGUUGAUUGUUGACAGCAUUUUACAGGAUCCAUGACUACAUUGAAGAUCAUAAAAACUUAUUCUAAUAUUGUAACCAAUAAAGAAAAAAAAAUUUUUUUUUAGUAACAAUAGCUUGGACACAUUCCGAAUGUAUUCUGAAUAUGUUAUGGAUGUGUCAAAUGCGCAUGCUUUGUUCAGAAUAUGUUCUGAACAUACAUUCCUCCACGAACGAUUUAUGAACAAUAAAGUUAUAAUUUGAAUUCAAAACUAACUAGGAGAAUAAAAUGGCCGAAAGUUUAUUCUUAAUAUUUGUAAGUAUAAAGUCAACCACCACGUUUUUUAAAUACAAUUACGUAGAAAACCACCUAGGUUAGAGGUUAUUUCGUGGUAAAUAUAACAAAAAGGAUGAAUGCACAUGCGCCAGAACAUAAGAAACAAUAUAAAUAAUUGAGAUAGAGUUUCAGAAGAAAAAUUCUUUUAUUGGAGAUUUCUUCUUCAAGUAUUUUCUCUUAAAAGUUCUUAUUUGUUAAUUUAUUUUAGGAACUAAAAAACUGUCUUAAUACGUUUUUUUUAUAAAUCAUUUUAGAUGAAAUGAAAUAUCGUACAUUUUUUCAUAUUCUUCAUUAUAUUUUUCACGGUUUUCAACUUGUAAUGUAGACUAUAUUGUUAUUUCUAGUUUUUUGGAUCCUAUAGUGUAUCUACGACUGUCUUCACCAUCUGUACUAAUUUCUUAUAGUUUUCAAGUAUAAACCAUUGUUUGCAGUAAAUAUUCAGUGAACCUUAACACAUAGGCCCGCUGAGAAACUUACCAAGGGAACCACAAUGGAAACAUAGGUCCUCUAGUGAAACCCUCAAUUUUGUUCCAGGAAUACAGACGUCGUUGUAAAAUAAAAUUACAUUACAACUACUGCUAUUGUUCUUAUGAAUAUAAUUAUCACCUUAGGUUGAGCUUACCUUUAUUCUAUUCCAAAAAACAAUUCAUGGAAGCUAAUUUGUUAUUGUUUAGUCUAAAAUUUAUUCAAUGAAAAAAACUUUACAUUACAUCAAGUUUAUCAAUUUUUAUUAAACUUGUCAAAGCAAGUCAAACAGAACUGUGGUUCUUCAUUACAGUCCCUACAAAAUGUUACCACUUUUUUAACCUGGUUUUUCGAUAUUUCGUUGUUCUUGGAUUGUUUCGAAAUCAAAUUUCAUGUGAUGGCAAUGUAUCGCCACUGAAUAUUGAAAGGUUCCAUUUCUUCAUCUCCAGAAGUAGUGGUAAUAAUAGCAGAGGUUGACGGUUUAGAAAACGUCGUUUUUUCCUGUCUUUUAUGGCUGUAUUUGAACCUCUAUGUUCUGAGGACGAAGAUAAAGGAUCUUCAUUGACGAUAAAAUCGGGAUCAUCUGAUAAAUUAUCUACCGAUACAAUAUUCCAUGAAAAAUUUUUACAAAAAAACUGAAUUUCGAUAACGCACUAAAAUGUACUACUAAGUAAUAUCUGAUUGCAGCUUUUGAAUGGAAAAGCAAUGUUUGGUCAACAGGAAAAUAUUAACAGAAAUGACUUGGUCGUCAAAGUGUUCAAUUUUGUGAUCUUUAACUAUAUUUUAAAAAUUGAAGCGAAGAUAUAGAACUUUUUUAAUUGCAAAAUCUAUACUCUCAAGUGAUUAUUUUUCUAAUUUUUUUCUUGUAAAGUACCUCAACAUUUUGCACGUUUCUUCUGGUUCUUGCUUUGAAACAUGUAUUUGGAUGGUAUCUGUUUAUCCAAUUGUUGGACCCAAGCUUCCAAUAGAGCACUGGAGAUAGAUCUAGCCAAACUAUUCACAUCAUUAUUUACAGUACUAUUAUUAAUUAUAGAAAUAUUUGGGCGUGAAAUGUAUAUUUUUAAGGUACAUAAAAAUGAGAAAAUUUUCCAUAUAUUAGUGAAAAAUUGUACAAACCAAUAAUUGACCGACUUAUCAAUUCUAAAUGAUGGCUACGUAGCUAGGUCUUGCUUAAGUUAUUUUUCUUUUUAAUUUUCAAUUCUCAAUAAUAGCAUAAAUGAAUUUCUUUGAAUUCAUGAGGUACCCAAAUAUCAAGCUUCUUAACUAGUCCAAGACAUUUUAAAUAUUUUUCAACUGUUGUGUGAGAUACAAGUAGCCUCUUCGCAACCUCUCUUCAAUUAUUACUUUGAUUUGGUCAUCAUCAACUUCGGUAGUUCGACCAGAACGUUGCUCAUCUUUGAGGGAGUUCAAGCUGGAACACCACAACAUAUUAUUGGACAUGUUCAAUAGUAUUUUGUCAGGUAUAUCAAUUAUUGUGUAAUCAACCACUAGAAAAAUAAAAUUCACUGUUCAUUUUUUAUAUGAAAUGCCAGGGUGUCUGUGUACCUACCGGACACUACACAGCACGCGUUAAAUCAUUUUCUGUAUUAAAACACCAGUUUGAAACUGUACAUAAACAUGAUUGAUGGCUUGUGAGGUUUUUUAAUCAACAUAGAUAUAUGACAGCCUUGGAUAUAAAUAUACCAUGUACAUUAGUAAUUAAAUAUGGAAUUGUAAUUGGUGAAUAGUGUACAUUACAUAUGAUUACAUUAUUAGAUGUUUGAAAUUUAGUGAUUAUUUAUAUAAUUCAAUGUCCGUAUCUUCCAUGUUGCAUUAACAAUUAAAACUAUUUAAUUGAA